AUGGAGAUCUUUACCCUCUCAACCAUACUCCUUCUUCUCUUCCUCUCCUUGACCAAUCCCAUUAUCGCUCUCUCUGAUCAGUCACUAGUCUCGUCCAUUCUUCAUGACGACGAAGAAACCUGCCCUUACACUGUUAUUGUCACCACGAGUUGUUUCUCUCCUGAUUGGUCAAGGGAUCAGAUCACUAUCUCUUUGGGUGACGCCGACGGUAACCAGGUGGUUGCACCGAGACUAGAAGAACCGUUAAGCGGAAGAGGAGGUUUCAAGAAAUGUUCAUCGGACACAUUCCAAGUCAAAGGCCAAUGUCUCAAAACUAUAUGUUCCGUCUACAUCUAUCAUACCGGUCCUGACGGUUGGAUCCCGGAGACCGUCGAGAUUUACCAGGAAGGCUCCAAAUCCGUGAAAUUCGAUUUCAACAAAAACGUCCCUGAAAACAUUUGGUACGGCCACAACAAGUGCAACAACACCGGUUUGCCACCGCCUUCGCCGGAUCACCCUCCGUUUUCCCCCACCGUCCCACCGCCGCCUUAUUUCCCUCCUCACACACCUUCGCCACCGCCACGGCCUCCACCACCUCCCCCGGCGGCGCCAUCUGCUGCUUCUGGACGUGGAGGUGUCGAGAGUUUGGUUGCUUUUGCUGCGACUGCGUUUGCGUUUGCGGCUGUGGUGGUUUGA